AUGCAAGCAAGCGAUUCCACAACAUUUAGAGCAGUUACAAUUGGUGAAAGCUCUGUUGGAAAGACAUGCCUUGUAAACAGGUUCAUCAGAAAUAAAUUCAAUAACGCAGAAGCGAACACAGUUGGCGCUAUUUAUGAUACAUACACUGAACGUCGUGGCGACCAAUCUAUUGAAGUCCAAAUUUGGGAUACAGCUGGACAAGAGAAAUUCAGAAGCCUCGCCCCAGUUUAUUACAGAGGUGCAGAUGCUGCUGUCGUCGUUUUCGAUAUGACGAAACCUUCUACAUUUCAAUGCCUUCAAUCCUGGAUUGACGAUUUCAAGGGUGUUGCAGGCGAGCAGAGUGCUGUUAUAAUUGUCGGAAACAAAGUUGAUCUUACAGAUCAAAUCAAAAUUUCACAGAUGGAAGCUUUAGAAUGGGCUACAGCUCAUGGAGUUAAAUUCUUCCAGACUUCUGCUAAAACAGGUGAAGGCGUUAAAGAGCUUUUCACCGCUGUUGUCGAUAUCCUUAUGACAAGAAGAAGUGAAGGGGAAGUUUCCGGCGUAACAACACUUACAAAGCGUAAAAACGCAGAUGAUGGCAAGAGAUGUUGCUAG